AUGGUUCUGCAUUUUAGGUUACUCCAGAGUCACAGAAAAUAUGUUAUACAUUUAUACAGAGCAUCUCAUAGAAAUAUACUUCGACAAGUAAAUUCAAAGAGUCUCCAGCGAGCCAUUAUAAACUUAUUGCAUAACGAAGCAAGUAAAAAUACAAACAAUCUCUCCAGUUGGCAUGUCUUCAUAGCCCUCACAGACCUAGAGAAACUCAAUAAUCAUCUUAUGAACAAUGAGAUGGAACAAGUGAUACAAAUAGUCAAUGAUUAUGGGGAAAAAUCUAAUUGUAAAGAUCCCAAUAUAGAUAAAAGCGUUGAAUUAAUUAAACGUUUAACAAAUGCGAAAGAACUAAAUGAUAUAAACAGAACCAAUCAACAAAGUCCCGAAAUUGUCAGAGAUAUGUUUAUUCUAGAUCGAUAUAUUAAGAAAUUACAGAAUCUUGACAAAUUACCAACUAUUAUACCUAAACAGACAAAAAGAGAAUUAUUUAUGCCAUAUGCUUUGCAUGAACAUGCUAAAAUGAAAUUAAAUAUUAUACACAAUAGGUUACUAAAGGGUCCGCCACCUGUUUACUUAACGAAAACAGUUAUGGGAAAGUCUGAUGUAUGGUUCAUUAGAUCAAUCUUCAACAAGAAGAAAAACCAAUCGAAAAGUCUAACGGCAAUUCUUAUGACCGAAAGGAAAAGAUAUCAAAAGUGGAUAGAUUUUAUCAAUUCAUCAAAAUAUUUGGUGCAAAUGUCAAUGUACGAGGGAAUAUGGGAUCAUUACCUUAAAUCAGGUGAGAUUACGAAAAUUAACUUAGAUAAAUUGCAUUCUGAUUUACUUUCUAAAGUUCAUCGCUUUACUUCAAAUAAAACUGGAACUUUAGAGGAUUUAGUCAAGAAAGUCCUUGCAAACCAAGAAGCAAAUAAUGACACUCUAAUUCAAUGGCUUCUACCAAUAUCUGAAAUUCUUUAUAGACUAGAAGAUAAGGAAUUAAAAGCGCAAACAAAGUUCAAAUUAUUUAAAACUAAAUUGCAGGACCCCAAUAACAAAAUUAUAAAUAUUUAUAAAAAAAGAAGUCAAUUAUUGUAUGAAUUAAAUGUCACUCGUUAUAAAAAUGUCGUAAAGGAUCUACCUACAGUGGAUAUAUUUAGUCAAACACAGAACCUGAGAAGCAUAAUGAAAAGACAUAAAUUAUGGAGUAAUUAA